AUGUUAAAGCAGUCUAAAGGUGUGAAAAGAAAGCUCCAGUCGCCACCGGGAAACCCACCUCUGAAACGUAAAUGUAAGCCAGCAAAAAACACCUUCAGGAAAGCUGCUGCAGAAGCUGACCUCAAGGAGAAGGGAAAUUCAUCCUCAAAACCUCUUCUCAAGAAGCAGUUGGCUGGCAACCGAAAUGCAAGCCAGAAAAGCAAACCUUUCGUUAAGACCUCCAGCCUGUUCAGAAACAACCCUGAGAUCCCAGCAGUCCACAGGAAAGCAGUGCAGCAGGUGCAAGAAAAUGUUUUCACUACAGAUUCUUUCAGCCAGCUGGAGCUCCAUCCACACCUGAUCUCCACCAUAAACACUGUCCUGAAGAUAAGCAGCAUGACCAGUGUUCAGAAGCAAACAAUCCCUGUGCUCCUGCAAGGCAAGGAUGCUCUGGUGAGAUCUCAGACUGGUUCAGGUAAAACUCUUGCCUAUGGGAUUCCACUUGUCCAGUCCUUGCAAGGAAUGGAAUCCAAAAUACAGCGCAGUGAUGGCCCUUAUGCACUGAUCCUGGUUCCAACAAGAGAGCUUGCACUCCAGAGUUUUGAUACAAUACAGAAACUCCUUAAGCCAUUUGCCUGGAUUGUGCCUGGAGUGCUAAUGGGGGGAGAAAAGAGGAAGUCGGAAAAAGCCAGGCUCCGUAAAGGGAUAAACAUCCUGAUUUCAACUCCUGGUCGCCUGGUUGAUCACAUCAGGUCCACAGAGUGUAUUCAUUUCCGUCGCACUCAGUGGCUGAUAAUGGAUGAAGCAGACAGGAUCCUGGACCUGGGCUUUGAGAAGGAUGUAGCUGUGAUACUGAAUGCUUUAAAUGCUGUCAGAGAGACACGCCAGAAUGUCCUGCUCUCAGCCACCCUCACAGAAGGAGUAACACGGCUGGCUGAUAUCAGCUUGAAUGAUCCCAUCAGCAUUUCCAUAGCAGAUGAAAUCCAGAAGGCACCCAAACCAACAUCCCAGAGAGAGACACAAACCAGUAGCUCAUCAGACUGCAUGGACCCAGAAAACUUUGCUGUUCCAGAGAAGCUCAAGCAGUAUUUCAUGAUGGUUCCCAGCAAACUCAGGCUUGUCACACUGGCAGCUUUCAUCCUUGAGAAAUGCAAGUUUGAAAAACGCCACAAGAUGAUCAUCUUUUUCUCCAGCUGUGAGCAAGUGGAAUUCCACUAUGAGCUCUUCCUACAAGUCCUUGCAGGAGGGCCAGGGUCACAACAGCCUGAAGGUUCAUCUGGCUCCUCUGCAUGCCUACAGUUUCUACGACUGCACGGCAGCAUGGCGCAGGAAGAAAGAACAGAAGUCUUCCAGGAGUUCCUGAAAUCCAAGACUGGCAUCUUGCUUUGCACUGAUGUUGCAGCACGUGGACUAGACCUGCCUCAAGUUACCUGGAUCGUGCAGUACAACGCUCCAGCUUCACCUGCGGAAUACAUCCACCGGAUCGGGCGGACGGCUCGCAUCGGCUGUCACGGGAACAGCCUGCUUGUCCUGGCACCUUCCGAGGCAGAAUAUGUCAGCUUGCUGGCUUCUCACAAGAUUAAUGUUUCAGAGAUCAAGAUGGAGAAGGUAUUGUCCAGCCUGAUGAAAGAUGAUCGCUUCAAGCUGCACAAACCAAGAGGCAAGAAAGCCUGUGGUGUGGACCCUCAGGAAGUCCGGGAGAGAGCCACUGUCUUGCAGACAAGGUUUGAAGAUUACAUUCACUCCCAGGAGGGGAAUCUCCGGUGGGCAAAGAAAGCACUGCAAUCUUUCCUUUGUGCCUACACCACCUACCCCAGGAACCUCAAGCACAUCUUCCACAUCAAAUCUCUCCACCUGGGUCACAUAGCCAAGAGCUUUGGCCUGAGAGAUGCCCCCCAGAACCUGACAGCUCUUCCAACUGCUGGCUCAAAGAAGAAAACCAAACCAAGACCAAAAAGGUCUGACCUUCUCAAGAAGACCCACGGCAAACGUCGCCUCGCUGAGAUCCUGCGGUCUGAGUAUUCCAGCGGGAUGGACACUGCUGGAUCCUCCAAGGUCAGGAAGAAAAGGAAACAGAGAAAACCUGGCAACCAGCAGCUUCCAACAUAAGCCAGGACCUUCCAGUCAUUGGCUGCAAAAGCUUGCUGGAGUGUGCCUCAGCUGGGGGUCAGGGUGACCUGCCAAACGGGCUGAGGAGUGGUGCAAUUCAUCAGGCGAGUAUGGGAGGGAUCUCGGGGAUCUUGGCCUCCUCCCCUUCGUUCCAUAGGUCCAACUGGGACUGUAUCCAGGUGUGUCCUGUUGUACUGCUGCAGUUCCAUGUGGCAGCCCUGUGUCUAAGGUGGGGUUUGUA